AUGUCUGUUUUUCAGGGUGUAAGUUAUCCAUUACGUGACUGGGUCGAUCGAGAUGGGGGGUACUUCAUUUUGAACGAACGCAUCGGUGAUAUCGCGGAUCAAGUCGUGAAAGUGAGAAAGCAGCUUCGAUCCAUCACGUCAACCUCUGUUAAGUGUGUCGAUCAAAGCCCAUGCUAUCCAGGCUUAUUAUUUUUCGAUCUUGACCCCGUGGACCGUCCCACUGAUAGAGCCGUGGAGGAGUACACUGAAUGGCUUGUGUCGAUAGUCGAUAAGGAUACCCUUAAAGCUGCAUGCCGAUAA